AUGUGGUAUUGCCACAGCAAGUUGGUUCAUCUUACCUGCCACCUCCUGCGAGGUCGUAUGUCAUUACAACUAAUUUCCCCGUGUAGAGAUUUUUCUAAGUUUGCACGCUUUGAAACAAUUGAUUUGUCUCAAGUUGCCUUGGCAGAAAGCAGCUGUAGAAACCUUUGCCACAGUUUUUGCGUGAUCACACCACAACGAAAAGUUACGCUGGCUGCACCCAAUCGGAAAGACAUGGAAGAAUGGAUUAACGUCAUAAAAACUGUGCAACAGGGAGAAAUCCGUAAGAUACCUGCAGCAGAAAACAACCCUUUUCUUGUUGGAAUGCACUACUGGUAUUCGAGCCACAGUCCCCGGACCCAGCACUGCAAUGUUUGUCGGGGGAGCAUUCCUGCCUUAUCUCAAAAUGUUAUCAUCUGUGAAGUGUGCAAAGUAAAGUCUCACAGAUUAUGUGCUUUAAGAGCAAACAAAGAUUGCAAAUGGAAUACAUUAUCCAUUACUGAUGACCUCCUCAUGCCUGCAGAUGAAGUAAAAACCAUGCCUCAUCAGUGGGUAGAAGGAAACAUAUCUGCCAGUUCUCAGUGCGCAGUAUGUCAUGAGAACUGUGGCAGUUACCAGAGACUUCAAGAUUUCCGGUGUCUCUGGUGUAAUUCUACGGUGCAUGAUGACUGCAGGAGACGGUUUUCCAAGGAAUGCUGGUUUGGAAGUCAUCGAUCAUCAGUCAUUCCUCCCACUGCCCUGAGCGACCCCAAAGGUGAUGGCCAAUUAGUAGUAUCUCCAGACUUUUGGAAUCUUGAUUGGUCUUCAGCCUGUUCAUGCCCCCUUCUCAUCUUCAUCAACUCCAAAAGCGGCGAUCAUCAAGGGAUCGUCUUCCUCCGGAAAUUCAAGCGGUACCUUAACCCAUCUCAAGUGUUUGACCUGUCGAAGGGUGGACCUGAAGCCGGGCUCUGCAUGUUCAAGAACUUUGCUCGCUUUCGCGUGGUGGUUUGUGGUGGAGAUGGCAGCGUGAGCUGGGUCUUAUCUCUGAUUGAUGCCUUUGGAUUACAUGAACAGUGUCAGCUGGCAGUAAUCCCUCUUGGAACUGGUAAUGACCUGGCCCGUGUCCUCGGCUGGGGUGCAUUCUGGAACAAAAACAAGUCACCUCUGAACAUCCUCAACAGAGUAGAGCAAGCUGGUGUGAGGAUUCUAGACAGAUGGAGUGUGAUGAUCCGUGAGACUCCCAGACAAACCCCAUUGCUAAGAGGGCAAGUUGAAAUGGACGUACCCCGAUUUGAGGCUGCUGCCAUCCAACACUUAGAAUCUGCAUCCGCUGAGUUAAACAAAAUCCUGAAGGCCAAGUACCCGACAGAGACGAUUAUCGCAACCAGAUUCCUGUGCUCAGCAGUGGAAGAUUUUGUGGUUGAUAUUGUAAAGGCCUGGAGCCGGAUAAAGCAGAACAAUACAGCAAUUGAGUCUGUCAUUUUGAAAAGUGACUUAAUGUACGACAAGCUCAGUGUCCUGAUUGAUAUCCUUGCUGAGGAUGCAGCAGUUGAGAAGAGUGCCAAAGCACAUAAAGAAAGUGCCAAGGCAGAUGGAAAGCCCUCCAUCCCUCAAAUAGACCACAUAGCCAAGUGCAAGUUGGAGCUGGCAACAAAGGCCCAGAAUCUCCAAAAGUCAUUGAAACUCAUCAUAUUCCAAGUUGAACAAGUUCUUGAUGAGCAAAGCCGACAGACAAUAUCGGUUAAGAACUUCAGUUCAACUUUCUUCCUAGAAGAUGAUUCAGAAGAUAAUAACCAGAUGAGCCCAAGACACCGUUCUCGUCUUGGUACUCUGUCUUCUAUAUCUUCUCUCAAAAGUGAAGACCUAGAAAACCUCAAUUUGGAGCACUUACAUUUUACACCUGAAACUAUUAGCCGCUUUAAGAACAAGAUGUGGUAUGGCCUUCUGGGAAGCAAGGAACUCUUUCAGCGCUCUUACAGGAAACUGGAAGAACGAGUGCACCUAGAGUGUGAUGGAGAGGCCAUCUCCUUGCCAAAUCUGCAAGGCAUUGUAGUGCUCAACAUUACCAGCUAUGCCGGAGGCGUCAACUUUUGGGGAAGCAGCACGGCAACCACAGAAUAUGAGGCUCCUGCGAUAGAUGACGGGAAGCUAGAGGUAGUGGCAAUCUUUGGUUCUGUACAGAUGGCAAUGUCUCGUAUCAUCAACCUGCAUCAUCAUCGCAUCGCCCAGUGCCGUGAGGUGAUGAUAACUAUCAAUGGUGAAGAAGGUAUCCCAGUGCAGGUGGAUGGAGAGGCCUGGGUUCAGAGGCCAGGCCUUAUCAAGAUUAGAUACAAGAACACUGCUCAGAUGUUGACCAGAGAUCGGGACUUUGAGAACUCAAUGAAAAUGUGGGAGUGCAAGCAUUCUGAAAUCCAAGCUGCCUCUCAACCCCAGCUGGAUUCCCAGGAAUCUCAAGAUAGCCUCUCUGAUGAGGAGUAUGCCCAGAUGCAGCACUUAACUCAGCUUGCAGAAAACCUCAUCAGCAGACUUACUGACCUGAGCAAGGUCCACCAGCAUGUGUCUGUCCUCAUGGAUUCUGUGAAUGCCAGUGCUAACAUCCUAAACGAUGUAUUUUACAAACAAGAGAGUGGCAAUGAGACAGCUGCAGCUUCCUGCACUCCCAUUGAGGUAAGGGAGGAAGGGGCAGAUGAAGGAAAGGAGUAA